AUGGUUAUCGUGACAGACAGAGUGUCGGAGUUGGUCGGAACUGGAGAUUUUGGCCGGAGCAAAAUUAUAGUGCAAAAGUUGAAAAAUUUUUUUCCUGAGUCGGAAAUUUUUCGCAACGGAGUCAAAACUUUUCAUGGGCCGGUGUUGGACGGCACGACUGGAUUAUUUCAUCAUUGGCCUCACAUCAGAAAAUUAUUUACCAGAAAAUAUAUCCAUAUAUCCAUCAGAAAUCAAAAACAACAUCCAAAAUACCUAUCCUCUCGUGGUCAAUAUAAGUACACGGUAGUCAAAAGCUCCAAGCACACCCUGAAAUGUAACGCUAAUCUUCCUUCUAACCGUUACAUCAUUGCCCAGCAACCUGUCAAUGGGGCUGGACUGCUAACCAUCUGUGAAAUGGAGGUUUUUGCCGCUAAAAAUUUAAACUCAAAAAUCUGGAAACGAUAUCAAAGUACUCACUUAACUGGCUACACCACACGCGUGACCACUUUCAAUAACGUAAUGAGUUGUCUGCUUAUGUGCGUUCCAGGUGAAUAUGAUUCAGUUAAUUUUCAUAUCAACGGGGCUGUUUGUGAAAUGAACAGUCACAUGAACGGUUAUCAGCAAACCAGCCUAAAUAACCUUCUUGGGUGGAUUUUUUUAGAAGUUGAGUAUGCGUAA